CAAGAAGUCUAACUUCUGACUUACGAUGCCUGGAUGUUUCAUUCAUGUUUGGCUGUUUUUCUUUGCUGUAUUGGUGAGAGAAAUUAAAGUCAAAGAAGUGAAGACGGGCCUAUACAGUCGUGUUGAGCUCACUGGAGAGGAACUUGAUCAAAAUAUUGUAGAUUCUCUGAAGUCAGUGGAAUGGGCCAAACGAAAGGGAUCGAUAACAUGUCUAUGUAUUAAAAAAACAAAUACAUUCAAUGCGUCAUACAGUCAAUGCUGUGGAACGGCUCAUUUCUAUUUAAACAACAACACCCUCAUUCUGGAGAGAGUGACAGCAAGGGAUGAAGGAGUCUUCAUUGAAACUAUAGUUACAGGAAAUGGAACUACAAAAUGCCUAAACUUUACAUUAAUUAUUCAAUAUCCUCCAAAUGCAACAGAAAUUGUGGUCUCCUGGACCUCCAGCACAUCUGUGGCUCUCAAGUGUGAAGUAAGUGGUUUAUUCCUGCAUCUGAUGUGGAAGAGAGAAGGAGUCCCUAUUCUAGAGAAACACAGACACUCAUUCAGUGAGAGGAACCAAACUCUACACAUCAGCAACAUAACCAGCUCCGAAUACGGCACGUACAGCUGUAUUGCUUCAAAUGCAUAUGGAGAAUCAGAAAAGCACACAUAUAUUACCAGUGGAAACUCAACUGUUAACCAAGGAAAUGGCACUAGAGAUAAAACUCAGUUUGAUCAAACUGUGCUUUCAAGUGGACUUACACUCACAGGUGUUUUGGGACUGUGCAUCGUGUUCUACUGCCUUUACAAAUACUAUCACAGGGAUGCAGACAAUGUCCAUGGAAUUUAUCAGGAAGUACCUGACUCUGAAGAGGUGACUUCCUUCUUGUACGUCUACACAGACUUCAUUAAGCCGAAUGAGAGCAGUCAGGCCUCUGCUGCAGCACAACACUUUGAGGAGUUUGGUAACUCUGAGGUUGGAGCCACAGGCAGGGAAGAAACCGUCGUUCUGUAUUGGGUCACUAAUGAUCAGUCCACAGCAUGUCCUGAAACUGGAGAGGACAAAUUAUAUUCUACAAUAUUACAUUAA